GGCUUUUGAUGGAAUUCCAUUUGAUACUAAACUCUGUGUAAAAAUCUGUGACAAUAAUAAUCCUUUAAGACCAGAAUUUGCACCAGGAACACCAGAUUAUUAUAUCAAAUUAGCCAAAGAAUGCACAGAUGCUAACCCCCAAAGAAGACCUAAUGCUACUGAGAUCAAUCACAGUAUUGGCUAUUGGCUCUGCCAGAUGAAGAAAUACGAUGAGAACUACUUCAAGAAGCAAUUUUUGGAUGCCGACAUAGUUGAACCAGAACCGGUCGAACCGAAACAUCCAUCAUUAAUGUAUACCAGCAAACUAGUCAACAUAUUAGAUAAUGUUCAAACGGGCUAA